CAAAGAUGGUGAUCCCUUUGUAGAAACCAGAAACCGCAGCAUAGGAGGACUUUGCCACCUGUAGUGAUGCCUGCAGCUUUCCAACGUGUCAUCAUGCCAUGUCGUCCUCUUCCUCCUACAGCAGUUCCUCCAGCGGGGCAGCUGGUACCUUAGUUCGUCCUUUCUUGGUGCCCGACGAUGCCCGACGGGAGCUGCGGAAGGCCCUCAAGGAGCACAGCUUGCCCCUGGAGCGGCGUCAUGGUUACGUGAGGCCCUGCCCUUUGCUGCCCUCUGGACGGCAAUGUAUUUUGAAGGACUUGGGGGAGUGUGGAGACACCAAGUGCGGCAACUAUCGGCUGGGAAAAUAUGCCGCUGUCCGGCCAGACUUCCUGCAGUUUUGCGUGGAACACAUCAAGCGCCAGCUUCACCAGCGUCAUGAGCUGGUUUACUGCUCGCUGGGCAGUGGCCAACUGCUGUUUGAUUGGGAGCUUUUGGAGCGACUCACUCAGAAAGAGAAGCUCCGCAUUCGGGCCAUCCACCUCAUCGAUACGGCGUACGGGGGUGAGAAGUUCCGCAAGAGCGCGGCCCGCGCGCAGCGCCUUUUUGCUGGUUGGUUCCAGGAGUGCGCUUGGGAGAAGGAUGGUCAAGGGCCCUGCCCUGUCAGGAGCUUCCUUUCAGCCAAGGAGUUUCAGCGCUGGAGCUCUCAGCAGGGCGAACAGGUGGACAUUUUGAUGGACUGUGAUGCGGUGAGCGCCCGAAAACCCAUCGACGUGGACCUGUUCCGCCAGAGUGUGCUCUCUGCGGGCGGCCUUUGCCUGGUGCUGUCGAACCCGGCCAAGCGGAUUUGCAUCCGGAAGUCGAAGAAGAGAAAGGACUUGAAGGAGUUGGUCCGCCAGAUCUAUCGAAAUGAGGUCUGGCAGGAACCGCGCGAGGACGCACAUGGGUCGAAGCGCCGGUCGAAGCGGUCCAGUGAGAAGCGCAGCGAACAACGCAGCGCACGCAGCCGGACCCGAGAACGUGAGAGGCACGCAGCAAAAGGCGAAGAAAACCUGUGGCAGGUUGGAGUCCUGCAGGAGUUUGCUGUUUUGGAGUUGCUGUAUGGGACUGUGCUGGUGCAGUGCAGUUUGGAGAGGUGGAAGGUUUGA